AUGCCUCGUGCGUAUGAUGCAACCCAGCGACUAUCCAGGACUGGGAAAAGUCUCUAUGCAGUGCUGGAACUAAAGAAGGGUGCUGACCCUGAAGACAUCAAAAAAGCCUACAGGAAACUGGCCUUGCAAUAUCAUCCAGACAAGAAUCCAGAGAACCCCUUAGCGGCAGAAAUCUUCAAAGAGAUCAACGCAGCCCAUGCCAUCCUCACUGACCCUACAAAAAAGAAGAUUUAUGACCGGCACGGCUCUCUGGGAUUAUACCUGUAUGACCAUUUUGGUGAAGAAGGUGUCCGAUUCUAUUUUAUAGUGAACAGUUGUUGGUUCAAGACACUUGUUAUCCUUUGUUGCCUGCUGACUGGCUGUUGCUGCUGCUGCUGCUGCUGUUUAUGCUGUGGUAGACUUAAUCCAUCAGCUGAGGAAGAAGAGGAGAAUCACCAAACGAAUGUCUCUUCUCAGCCUUCAAGAACAAGAACACAAGAUAUUCAAGUAGAGGAUUAA